UGCUGGACAAGAUCAGCAGAGAGGCAAGCUUCAAAAUUAAGAACAAGAUAUUUAAAAGCAGUGAUGAGACAAGAUGUCGGAUAUUUUGAUUUGCAUGUUACCAGCACUGCCGAGGUUAUUACAAGUGUCUCAAGCGACAGUCUUGUCAUUCAAGAUGUCAUUAGUGAAAAGGUUCCAGUCUUUGUGAUGAACUUAGCAACUUUCUUUGGAUCCUACAUAGUGGGAUUCAUAUUGCUUUGGAGGCUAGCCAUUGUAGGAUUUCCCUUCAUCUUGCUUCUCAUCAUCCCAGGUUUAAUGUACGGAAGGGCUCUUAUGAGCAUUGCAAGAAAGACCAGGGACGAGUACAAUAAAGCUAGUACAGUAGUGGAACAGGCAAUUUCUUCAGUUCGGACAGUUUAUUCUUUUGUUGGAGAAAGAAAAACAAUUGCUGAGUACUCUUCUGCUCUUCAAGGGACUGUUGCAUUGGGAUUAAAACAGGGUUUGGCUAAAGGAUUAGCCAUUGGAAGUAAUGGCGUGGUUUUUGCAAUUUGGUCCUUCAUGGCUUAUUAUGGGAGCAGAUUGGUCAUGUACCAUGGGGCUCAAGGUGGCACUAUUUUUGCAGUCGGAGCCUGCAUCACCAUCGGCGGAUUGUGAGUAUCUUCAACUUUU